AGUGACAAAGGGAGUUCACUGCCGACCCAUCUUCACAGCAACAAAGAAGCCUCAAUGCUGCAUUCCACCUCUCCAAGAUCUAAACCACUUCCCAUUACAGGAUGGGUCGCUUCCCAGCCCGGCUGCUAUUGCUGGCACUAACAGGGCCGUGCCUGGCAAGAGAGGAGCUGGAAUUGGUGACAGCUGUACAGGGAAGCUCUUUCAGUACAACGUGUUACUACGAUAAUGUCAAGUAUUCACUAGAGGAGAAAUUCUGGUGCAAGAUGCUGUCAGACCAGGAAUGCAACAGCAGAAUCUUCCUGAGCAUCCGAGCAAAGGGAGGGAAAUACCUAAAUAUUGCACCAAAGAGAAGGGUCAAUCUAACAAACUCGGGAACAGGCUGGAUUUCUGUGUCCAUGACGGAGCUCCGGAUAGAGGAUUCAGGAACAUACUUCUGUGGGGUUUUUGAUCAUCAGACAAUUAUCCCAUUUAAAAAGAUUAAAAUGACUGUUUCUUAUGACGCUCCCAUGAGACUAUCUGCAGAAGAAGGAGGCUUCAUCUCCUUAAAUUGUUCUUAUUUUUUGAUGGACGACAGCAGGAUACCUAAUAAUUUUACCUGGUGCAAAAUGGUAACCGCAACCAGAUGUCAACCUGUCGUCAGCGUUAAGAUUGAUCAGAUUCUUAAUAGACGAGAAAGGACCAGGAUAAAGCUUGACCGGUGGAACAGAGUGAUUAUAGUGACGCUGGUGGCGCUCCAGCUACGUGACUCGGGGGAGUAUCAUUGUGAGACCCAUCUCCAGGGAAGUACCGUGCUACUGAAGAUGAUCACACUGAAUGUUUUGGAAAAAAGUGUGUAUUAUGAUACAGUUAAUGAGGCUACUUCGCCUCCCACUAACGAGGGGGAAACCGCCCACCCAACUGUGGCCACCAACAAGGAGCAGAGAAUUCUUUAUGUUGUCCUGGCACUGGGCUCCUUCCUGGCUGGCAGUGUACUGAUUGCUAUCAUGACUACUAUUUUCACCAAAGGGAGACAAAGAGUAGGGAACGGGCUGAAUUUUGGUGAACACCCUAACUGCAGACUAGCAGCAGAGCAGAAGGAUGAAGGACACCCCAGAGAUGCCACCCCAGAUGGGGAGUUGAAGAACGGUAUAAUAUAUGCCAGGCUAAGGCUCCAACCCAAGCCAAAGCCAGACGAUGUCACGUAUGCCAACGUGGAGCCUCCACCAAAACCAAAAGGUGCCAAACAUUCUGCUGAGCCCUCAGCUGUCCUGUUCUCCUCAGGCACCAUGGAGUAUGCAACCAUCAUCUUUGGAGACUCACCUCCACGGUCUGGGACUAAAGAGAAACAAACCGGCCCUAACUGAACUCAGAUCCCAUGAAAUCUAGUGCCCCCUCAUAGCUCUUCUCCUGAACUGCUAUCGCAGAAACUACAGUCAGUCGCUGACAAUUGAAUGCAUCUGGAAUUGAAAGGAAAAUACAUCCUGCACUGGUUGUCACUAGCUCCUCCGGGUAUUACCACAGUGCAUCAUCUUACAUAAAAAUUGUGGUGUGAGGCUUAUUUACCUGGUGGCCUAUUGGUACAAUAGCGCUCUGAACUACUCGAUAAUAGGCCUGUGUCUACUUUCCUGUUCCUUCUCCCCAUGGCCAGGCAGGUGCAGGGAAUGCUCCGGAGGUAACACACUCGCUUCUUGGUGGGGAGAGUUAGUGACCUGCAUUGCCCAGCAGGGACCUCUCAAACAGGGAGCAAGGAUGACAGGUGCUGCAGGGAGUCCCACAACCAGAGGAAUUGCACUGUAACAUGGGGCCAUGGGGGUACGAUCGCAAAGCAGGUGAAAAGGAGGAACGAAGGAGGGGAUGGAUCCAAAGGACUGGGACAGAGAUUCAAAAAACCUCCCUGGAAAAAACAGCUACACUGCUAGGAUAGCCCAGUAACAGGAUUCAGCCACUGGGAAAUAAAUGCAGUGGAAGGGUGGGGUGCAUUUACUUUCUCUAGUGGCUCUAUUUUUAGUGAUAGGCGGCUAUAAACACCCCCAUCAGGAAACUGGAUCCCUCUGAUAAGAGCGGCCACGGCGUCCCAGUAGGGAAGUGCCAUGAAAUAUGGGAACAUGCUACAUUUCCUUUUCAGUCUUACAACUUCUCUAACAGUUCAGUUAACACCACAGUGGCUACCUUUCAAUCACCUCCCUGCAUUCGGCCCCUGUUCAGCAAAGCACUGAAGCACGUGCUUAACGUUAAGUCCUGACUUCCGUGAGACUUCAAGUGCUUUGCUAAACUGGUGCGUCACCAAAGAGCAUAUGAUUGUGCAAAGUAAAACUGUAUUGUAAUGCAGAGUUAACAGUGGGUGGGUGUGAGUCACUCUGUAUUCACUUCUAUGGCGCAUUAUAAAUAUGUCUUAAA